GACAGGCCCUUCUGUGGGCAGUGUCUUCAGAGUUUUCAACGUGACUGUGUUUAUUUCCACGGGGCUGUCAGCGACGCCUUUCUAUUCUCGAAGCUGCAUUUAGAUACUGCGUUUACUGUGGCUUUUCAGGAUUACGAAAUACGGAAUACCGCUUAUGGGACUUUACCAUGGCCUCUCCAUCAGCUUCCACAUCUGCAGCUUCAGAGCUGCCCCCUCUUGGAGGGAUUGAGGCCCUGCGGCUGAAGGUGGGCCCCGUGAAGAGGAGCCUGUUUGGUCCGGUGGAUCACCAGCAGCUGCAGCAGGACUUCCAGAGGAUACUUCGGAUGGGCGUGGAAGUGGCAAACAAGCGCUGGAAUUUUGAUUUCCAGGGGGACAAGCCCGGAUUGGGCCCCAACAUGGAGUGGGAGGAGCUGAGUUUCCAGGAGGUGCCUGGCUUUUACCGCAGUUGCACAGUCCGAUCCGCUCCCUCCGGAGCAGGGAUCAAACGGCGGUUCUCUUCCUCCUCUGGAGAGGGCUCUCCAGCGUCUGGCAGCUCAUCCUCUUCAGGAGAGGAGUACCUAGAGAUCACCACCAGGGAGUGCUAUAGGCUCGAGUCAGGCAAGCGCCGGCAGGCUGUUAUCACAGAUUUCUUCAAAGUGAAGAGAAACAGACUCGUCCAUUAUAAAGACGCUACCCGACAGUAGAAACCCACAGGGGAAGUACUGGAGAACCACCUAGUGGACACCUUCACAUCACCUCAAUGACAAAGCUCACAUCUGUGUAAAUAUGUAGCAUUUUCAAACUGACUGUCCUUAAGUUCACCAAGUAUGGGCUUAAAAAACAACACAACAUUUAAAUUCAGCACAAAGAAUCUUCCACUUCUCUAAUCAAGCUCAGACACAGUUUUGUGCAUUGUUAUAAAUAUCAUGUAUAUUUCUUUAUGCUAUUCUUAAUACUAUACUGUGAAUGUUUUAGAAUGCACUCUUUCAGGAAAUUAUCCAAACCAGGCUCAGUUUUGUGAGCCCUUGAUAGAAUCUGAGUUGGUCUGUGACCUACGACCUUUACUCGCUGAAAUUAUAAGAGGUUAUGAAUGCAGGAGUGACUAUUUUUGUCCUCCCCACACCACCUUUUAUCGUCCUGUUAUUGCUCUGCCUGAUGUGAGUGGGUGAAGCAGGGACCUUGAUUAGCUCUAGAUUAAAGGUCUACAGUGGAGGUUAAGUGAUGAGGUAAUGCAGUCACCACAGUGACUUAAAAUUAGAAUAAUAAUAUUAUGUGUCUAUUUAUUUAUUUUAUACUAUGUCACCAUCAAAUAAAAUAUAAAAAAAUAUAAAAAGAGCAAUGUGUAAAACGAGGUAGAUAAGGUUUGGUGGAAACUUGUGCCAAGUCAGUCAGGGCUGAGACACUUCACUGUUGCCAUUCCAACUACAGUUUGACCUAAAAGCAUGUACAUUUAUAUUGUAUUAAAAGCUUUUAUAUUGGGGUUUUGAAAUCUUUUUGGCAACAGUCCUGUACCUUAUUAGCUGUUUAUGAGCUUUAUGCUUUGAACAUGUAGCAUCUCCACUCACUGUCAGUGCAUGAGGACAGAACCAUGCAACUGCUCGCUCUCUCUACCCUUAGGUUUGUGAAGGUUUAAUUUUGUGACAUUUUCUAUGUUUAAAGUUGUGGCAGCUGAGGCAGUUGAACCGAAGAGGAAUCACAAUAACUUUUUAAUCCCACCUCCAGAGAAAUCAGUUCUAGGUUGUCAAUAUCUAAAUAACAUCACAAGCUUAUUAGUAAUAUGAGACCUACCUAGUGACAGUUGGAUC